GAUUGCAUAACGAGUCUCAUUGGCUGACUUCGCCGUAGACAUUGUGCGACGAAAUACGGAAUCUUUCAUUUGUUACCAGGUGCAAAACAAAAAUUUGUUUGAACAACAAAAGCCCAGUAGUCAUUGUUUUCUGCGCAUUUUAGUGUCGUGUUUACGUGUACGUGUUUGCUUGAAUCUUGUAAUUGAUCAAUCUGUUCGAAAUUAAUUAUGUUUUCUUGAGCGUGCAUCUAUCGAAAAACAAAAUAUUGCAUUGUAACGAAGUGAAGCAAUUAAAAUAACAUUUUUGUGAUGGGUGACACUUCGCCUGUCACUUCGAAACAGACAUUUAAACGAGUGGAAAUACACCUAAACAGAUUCAACGAAGUCGCAAUACCUCAUCAUGUUGAUCUACUCAAAAAACAUAAAUUGAAUAUUCAGAAGUUCCAUCAGGCUGGUGACUGGGAUAGAGUGAAUCAAGAACAGAUUAAUGCUACAAGGCUGGUAAAGCAACUGAAAGCUCUACUGUCUGAAAUAGACGCUUUGCGUUUACAAGUACGAGAUGAAGAUAUUCAGAAAUUUGAUCGUUCCGUAGCUGUUGCGCGGCAAAAUGCUUUGAGUGCUAUAGAAGAAUAUACAGACAAAAAGCUUUCGCCUAUUGCGUGUUCACCAAGGAGAUUUUCUAGUCUUGAUAGUUCACCAGAGGAGGAGACCAAUGUUCAGGAUGUGUUCAUUGGAACUGCGGAAUUUGAAGUCAGUAUUGCAGAAGAAGAAUUAGAGAAGAAAAGGGAGUGCCUUGCAUCGUAUGAUGCUCUUCAAUCAGAAGUGAAGAAUAUUCAUGAGUUGUUUCAAGACUUUUCAGAACUAGUUAAGGAGCAGGGAGAAGAUGUGGAAGAAGUUGAGAAGAAUGUCGAAACAACAGACAAAAAUGUUAAAGAAGGAACAAAGUUCUUGGCAAGAGCAGCUCGCUAUAAAGCAGCUAUGUAUCCAGUUGCAGGAGCAUUGAUUGGGACUUGUUUAGGUGGACCAGUGGGUCUUGUUGCUGGGCUCAAAUUUGGAGGAUUAGCUGCUAUUGGUUGUGGUGCAAUUGGUUACACUGGUGGGCGGUUUUUGAAAAAGAAGGAAGAAGCUCUUGCAAAGUCUGAUAUUGAACUACCUACAGUGCGGUCUCCACCACCGACCAUGAAAACCUCUGUUUCAUUGCCACUUAUUACUAGUCGUCCUGGUGACCUGUCAUCUUGAUGUUGUCUGCUGUAGCACUUCUUCAGUGCUACUUAAAUAUUUUCACAGCCUCUCUGAGAGACGUUUUUGAAAGUGACUACUUAUUUUGAUGCAAGAGAUUGCCACGUUUUUCUGUGCUUAAUGGUUCUGCUGCACAAAUGUUAUAGGGCCAAGAUGAGAUUUUUGAAAUUUGUAAAGAAAGCGUGCACAUGUGAUGUUGGAGUUCUGUUACUUGUACCUGGUAAUGAAACUAGUCUCAAGAAUUGUUGUGCAACAAUUUAUGUAAGUACUAAGGUUGCAUUCAUCAUGGAUGAAUAAGUAUCAUGAUCUCAGAUGAAGGGGGGGCACUGUUCUACAUCUCUUGAAAUGAUUGAGCGAAGACUCGCUGCAGUGGAAACGGUAAAGUUAACUAUGCUGAAAUCUCUCUCUCUCUCUCUUUGAUCUGUUCUUUUUUCUUUCUCAUUGAAACAUAAUGUAAAUGAGCCAAGUGUAUCCUAAAGAACAUUGCAGUUUUAGAAAGUGAAAGAUAUGCUGCAAUUCAUUACCAGCUUCUGUGCACAAGAACCGUUUGAGAUGAAACAGUGUUUCCUAUCCUCCAAUCUGCAACAGUUUGCAAGAAAUCCUACCUCUUAAGUCAGGGGGACGCUGUGAAAGAGAAGACACUAAAAAAGAUCUUUCACAUAAUCCAGCUGAAAGAAAUCACAUGGGGUAACAUCUAUUCAUCUCAUAAGCCUAGGGAGUGUAGUGAUACAAUCCCAAAAAUACUCAAACAUGUAAUAAAGUGGUGUAUAUCAUUAUUCCCAAUAGGUGGAGGCAGGUGAGAGGAUUGUCUCUCUGUUGUUCAUGCCGUGUUCUGUAUAUAGACAGUGAUCAGCAAAAGUAAAUUUUUUGUCUGAUCUAGUCUGGUGUGACAUCUAUGUUUGCUGCAUCUGUCAUGUGGUUUGAUGCCUGCUGGUCAAAAUAUGUGAAAAAUCUGCUUUUUCAAGACGUGUUUGAUUCUUGCUUGUGGCACACAUGGUUGUGUUAUGCUUUUAUCUUUGUACGUGAGUGACAAAGACAGUUCUAGAUGCUGAAAUAUUUUGAAAAAUAUGCAUUUUGUAAAAAUGUUGUCUACAAAUGCAGUUGUUUGUAUCAAAUUGGGUCAUAGGAUGACAGUAUCUGUUUCCUCGUAUGUGAUGCUGGCAUUGGUGAGAAUCAGGCAUUAACUGUAUUUAUUUCUUCCUUUUCAGGCAGAUUUAAAAUUAAAAUCAUGCUUUCUACAUAUAUAGGGUUCAUUUAAUUUCUUUUCUUUGAUACUUGAUAAUUGCUUUUGGAUCCAGCAAAAACUAAAUUUAUGUAGAUUUAUUGAAUUGUAGACUGCUGUGUUCAUUCUGGAAUAAGGUCAGUGACAAAUAAAACACAAUUGUUGUCUUAAAUAUUCUCAGCUGUUCAAUAUGCAGAUACCAUGGGCUAAAUGUCCUAAGAUCUCACAUCAUGGGGAAGGUGCUGAUGAAGACUAUGUUGUGUGACAGCAGAUGAUGGUUUUUAUGUAGACAUGGGCUUUUGCAACUUGUGGUUUAAAAUGUGAUGACAGCUACAAGCUAUAAUUUUUUCAAACCAAUAGAAAGAGAACUUGGGAUUAAAAGUACAUCUUAAUUGAAGGAUACAGCUUGAUAAAGAGGGUUUCCAUGAAACACUGUGCAGUAGUGAACUCUCAUCUCAGAACCUAUACAUUAAGUGCUCCAUGGAAGAAUAUAAUCUAAAAGUAAGCACUCUAUGAGACCAGAAUGAUAUGUAUCCUGCAUCCAAGCAUGGAGAUCAGAAGGUAUUUGUAUUCUCUGACGUCAGUAUUUAUACACAUUAGUUACACUCUAUCUGUGCUUCAAAUACUAGUAAAUUCGAACCUUUUCUCUAUCUCACAUGUGGAAAGAUGAAGAUAUCUCAGAAAAUCAGUACUUCUCCCAGUAGUCACAUAAACACUGGUGGUGUAACAAGCCUCAUCCUAAACACGAUAGUCACUGUGUUGCUUGAAAAGAGGUACAGUCAUUCGUUGCUUCAUAACACACCAAUCUACCAACCUGGUUCACCAUGAAGGACAGGUUUUUAACCUAACCCAGAUACAAAUACUAAAUGGUGCAGUUUUCUAUUUCCAUUAGAGUUCUUAUCCUACUGCAUGUCUAUGUCUCUCACUUUUGAGGUGCUUAUUUCCUGUCACUCCUCUUACUUCUCAUCAUUCAGUCAAAUGCUCAGAAUUUUGACCACCAGCUUGGAAACAUGUCAUUAUUAUUCAUUUAAAUGAUGCUACACAGUGCACAAAUGUGCUUGCUUUAAUCUCCAUGUAUGCUUUUAAAAUUUCAGUGUUUUUAAAUGUGUUCUGAAUGAAAAGGUAUUUGUUUUACCCUGUAGAGUCUAAAUUUGUGAUAAGAAAUGCGUGUUAUAAUUUAAAAAAAUAAGUAAGUUUUGCCUCAAAGUUGCCUGUGAUUUGUUUUCAACUGGAUGAUCACUUAAUUCUUCUAAAUGUAAAUGGUUGCUGGACUGUAACAACUAAAUGUGAUUUCACAAACUGAAGCAGGUGAAAAGGUGUCUGUGCGCACAUUACCAACUUAGCAAGUUGUGCUGCUACACAGUGGAGUGGUAUAACAGCCACGUCAGUCUAAUCAGUCAUAAUUUCCACAACUGCUCUAGCAUAAUUUCUUGUUUGCAAAGACAUUCAAUAGCUUUCGUAGCCAUGAAAAAUACUUGUAAUUCUAAUAUUCUUUUGUGUACACCUGGCAAAGCUGUAUGACUGUUUCCACCUCUUUUUCCUUUGGAAUAGCAAAAGCACUGAUUACAUUUACUUCUAUUACCUUGGACCAGUAACUUGUUCUAGUUUAAUUUGAAGGUCGGAAUAAGGAGCUAUCUUCAACAGAAGCACAUCUUUUUAUGUACUCAAGGCUGUGAUGGUUUGUGCUUGUAAAUAGAUUUUAAACCCAUGACCGUGUUGAGUUAGAGCUUUGGUUUGUGUUUGUAAUUUCAUAUUUGGUCUAAAAUAUCCCCAUUUAAAAAAAAAAGCAAGAACAAAAAGCCAAUAAAAAUGGACUAUGGUAUUAAAGUUA